GGCUGGAAGCCUGCUCAGAGCGCGCCGGGAGGAAAUGCCGAGGGCGCAGCGCCGGGGCUGGGCACACAGCACCCACUGACUCCUCGCACCCGCAGCACCCCUGGGUGCCGGGGGGGGGCCGUGCCGUGCCCGUGCCAUGCGGGCGCUCGGCCUCGUCCUGGUGGCGCUGGCGGCGCUGUGCGCGGCUGCAGCCCAGCGGCGGGCGCUGGAUGGGGGCGGCCGGCGGCGCUUCCACCGCGUGCAGCACGGGCACUGCAGCUACACCUUCGUGCUGCCCGAGGCCGACCCGGCGCCCUGCCCGUCCAACGCCGCCCCCAGCCCCUCCAACGCGCUGCUGCAGCGGGACUCGCCGGCCGGCACCGCGCAGGCCGCCCGCGGGGCUGCCCAGCGCCUGCAGCACCUCGAGAGGAUCCUGGAGAACAGCACCCAGUGGCUGCUGAAGCUGGAGAGCUACAUCCAGAGCAGCGUGAAGCCGGAGAUGGCGCAGCUGCAGCAGACGGCGGUGCAGAACCAGACGGCCACCAUGCUGGAGAUCGGCAGCUCCCUCCUCAACCAGAGCGCCGAGCAGACCCGCAAGCUCACCGACGUGGAGGCCCAGGUGCUGAACCAGACGUCACGCAUCGAGAUGCAGCUGCUGGAGAACUCCCUGUCCACCAACAAGCUGGAGAAGCAGCUGCUGGUGCAGACGAACGAGAUCCACAAGCUGCAGAGCAGGAACAACAUCCUGGAGGUGCGGGUGCUGGAGAUGGAGGCGAAGCACCAGGCGGAGCUGGCGGGACUCCGCUCGGAGAAGGAGAGGCUGCAGCGCCUGGUGAGCCGGCAGAGCGGCACCAUCGAGGACCUGGAGAAGUCGCUGCUGGCGGCCAGCGCCAACUCCAGCCUGCUCCAGCGGCAGCAGCAGCAGCUCCUCGAGGCGGUGCAGGGCCUCGUGCGCCUCGUCUCGCAGGGCAGAGCCCUGCUGCCCAGGGAGGAGCAGCUCUUCCAGGACUGCGCUGAGCUGCGCCGGGCCGGCUUCCACACCAGUGGGGUCUACACCCUGCACAUCGCCAACCUCAGCGAGCCCAAAAAGGCGUUCUGCGACAUGGAGACGGACGGCGGGGGCUGGACGGUCAUCCAGCUCCGCGCCAACGGCAGCCUCAGCUUCCAGAGGAGCUGGAGGGAGUACAAGCAGGGCUUUGGGGAUGUGGCGGGCGAGCACUGGCUGGGCAACGAAGCCGUGCACCUGCUGACGAGCCGGGCGCCCUACGCCCUGCGCGUGGAGCUGCGGGACUGGGAGGGCAGCCAGGUCUAUGCCCACUACGGGAAGUUCCAGCUGGGCAGCGAGCGGCAGCUCUACAGGCUCUCGCUGCAGGACUACAGCGGCACGGCAGGGCAGCAGAGCGGCUUGGCCCUGCAGGGCACCAACUUCAGCACCCGCGACGCCGACAACGACAACUGCCUCUGCAAGUGCGCCCAGAUGCUGUCGGGAGGCUGGUGGUUCGACGCCUGCGGCCUCUCCAACCUGAACGGCAUCUACUACCCGGCCCGGCACAACAUCCGCAAGCUCAACGGCAUCCGCUGGCACUACUUCCAGGGGCCCAGCUACUCGCUGAAGGGCACCCGCAUGCUGAUACGGCCCGCGGGCUUCUAGCGCGCCGGCGGACCCCGUGCCGGCCCCGAGGGAACUGAGCCGCCCGGCUGCGGGAGCUGCAGGGAAGCUUUUCCCCCAGUUA